GAGAGGAGAAGUGGGAAGGAAGAGAAUGAGUCGUAAGCUCUUCCAUCACAUAGAAUUAGACGCUAGCUACCAAACAUUUCAAAAACCACACCUACCCCCAACUUACGCCCAAACCCAAUUCCUUAUUGCUCUCUGAUAUUUCUUCUUCUUAUUCUUGUCUCCCCCUUUCUUUCUUCUUCAAGCUCUUUGCUUUUUGUUCCCUCUUCUUUUAGCUCUCUCUCUCUCUCUCCAAGAUGGAGGCUAAGCUGUUAGGUGCAUCUUCUCCUGCCAUUAGGACUCAUCUUGCUUCAAAUUCAAGACCCACUUCCUUUUUAGCUCUCAAAACUAGGAAAGCUUCCAACUUUGUCAACUUCCAUUCGAAGAAAGGCAUUCAAUCUGUUCGUCUUCAUGUAGCCUCAAAUGGAUCAUCGGCAACAAAGGAAAGGCUGGAUGCAAGUGAGAAUUUGACCUUGGAGGCCAUAAGAAACUCCUUGAUUCGACAGGAGGACAGUAUAAUAUUUAGUCUUUUAGAGAGAUCCCAAUACUGUUAUAAUGCAGAUACAUAUGAUCCUAGUGCUUUCUCCAUGGAUGGGUUUGAUGGAUCAUUGGUAGAAUACAUGGUUAGAGAAACUGAAAAGCUUCAUGCUAAGGUUGGUAGAUACAAGAGCCCUGACGAACAUCCUUUCUUCCCCAAUGACCUACCUGAUCCAAUGUUGCCACCUCUGAAGUACCCGCAGGUACUGCAUCCCAUUGCUGAAUCAAUUAAUAUAAAUAAAAGAGUGUGGGAGAUGUACUUUAGAGAUAUUGUCCCAAGACUGGUCAAGGAAGGAGAUGAUGGAAACAGUGGGUCAACUGCUGUUUGUGACACAUUGUGUUUGCAGGUUCUCUCAAAGAGAAUUCACUACGGCAAAUUUGUGGCAGAGUGUAAAUAUCAAACCUCUCCAGAGGCAUACGAAACUGCCAUUAAAGAGCAGGACAAGGACAAACUGAUGACUCUACUGAUCUAUCCCACUCUCGAAGAAGCAAUUAAAAAAAGGGUGGAAAUGAAGGCAAAAACUUAUGGACAAGAGAUGGUGAUAUAUGGAGAGGGAGAUGACAAAUCUGAUCCAGUUUACAAGAUAGCGCCAAGCUUGGUUGCUGAUCUUUACAGCGAUUGGAUCAUGCCAUUGACGAAAGAUGUUCAAAUUGAAUACUUACUGAGAAGGCUGGAUUGAAGAGUUGGUCACUGCAAACUGUUAGUAAACAUAGUAGGAAUCUGGCUUAAGCAAAAGAAACAUAAUGGAAAUCUGUUUCUUUUUUUAGAUAACCUGUAUUGAAGUUGCCAUAUAUGUUUGUAGUUCAUAUUUACACAAAGUCCUCCCAUUACUACUGUAACAGUGUAGAGAUGAAUUACCUUGUCAUAAAAAUAUAUAAUAUGCUAGAAAAGUUACAAAUA